CAGUCGUGCCGGGUGCUCCCAAGGUAUCGGACUUGUAGUCUGUCGUCGUGGACGGUAAUCUUGGUACCGGGGAAAACGCCCCUUCUGCUGCCCCCCCUCCCCCCUCCUCCUCCCCCUCCGGAGCCCAGUGCAUCAUGGGCCUGUGUCAGUGUGUAGUACAUCCCCUGUGUUGAACUGUGUUCUCGUGACCCUGUGUUAACUAAGAGGAGGGGGCUGUGUCAGUGUCAAGCUGUACCAAGCCGCACACGGCGGGUGCUCAAACAACCUAAAGGAAACUUAGCAAAUGACAUGCGGAUAUGACCUGUCAAUCCAGUGUGCCGAUGAUACGUGGAAAAAAGUACCGGACAGUGGCGGAAAAGUGAGUUAUAUAUAAAGUUACAAGGAAAAAACCCCACCACACACACACAAGAGAAAAAGAAGUUGGUUGCACUGUCCGUCUAGUGUACGACGACUGACGUGGAGAGGUUAUCAUAACUCUGGCGCCCCAAUUGUGUAUCUUCCUGGGCUGGAAGCCUCGUCAUCCCGCCCGUGUUAUCUCUGGCCAAAUGAAGCUCACUUUGGAGAGUUGAAUAGUGAAGUGGUGUUAGCCUGGCACAAGAAAAGAGAUAGAGAGGCACCUGUGUUUACGUAAGAGUGAUAAAAGGCCUUAGUGAGUCCACGCUUUGGUGCCAAGAUGGACUGAUGUGGAACGCAUCGUUGCUCUGGCACUGUGAUCGUUGCAAUAAAACGGAAAGUUCGACGCUGAAUAGUGGGAAAUAAUGAAGUGAAUUGGAAUGGAAAAAAAGAAAUGUAUUCGCAUUGCUUUUAGUGAUUUUUUUUUUUUAGUUUAACCUAAGAUUGAGUGCUUAUAAGAAUGGAACUUAUUAUUCACAAGACAACGCAGCCGGAUUUAACGACGCCACUACGGAUAUGAGAGAGAAUGACAGUGCGAUACGCUUAACAAGAACCAUCCAUGAGAAGGAUGGACAAGAGUCGUGAGGGUGACCGGGGGGAGAAGUCCCGAGGAGGCUUGCCUCCUGGGAUGGACCCAGCUACUGCUGCACUCUAUGCUCCAUGGCUACACCAAGAGCAGGCAUUACUCUCCAACAUGUUUGGGAGUAGUGGCCUGGGUGCCUACGGUGCUGCUGCUGCUGCUGCUGGCCUCCAGGGGUGGGGAGGAUUACCCCCCGGCUACCCACCCACCAGCACAGCUGCAGGCCUGGCCAGUUUGGCAGCUGCACAACAAGCGCAGCAAGCUGCUGCACUGGCUAGUCUUGGACCAGCAGCAGCUGCCUACCAGGACAGAGCAAUGGGAGAUCAACAUAACCGGUACAGCCAAAGUGGUUUGAGAAGUGGAGCUGCUGUGCAAUCAUAUGAGCGAAAUUACUCCGAGGCUACAGCUGCGUGGUGGAACAUAGCCGGCUUGCAGCAGAUGGAAUUACUUUCGAGACUGCAGGGUGGCCUAGGCAGUGGGAGUGGGCAGGCUGGAGCAGCGGCUGCAGUUGCAGCAGCUACAGGGUCUCUCGGAGGUUACGGGGGACUACACCCAGAGCACCUCAUGAACCUGGAGAUUCUUCAAGCACAACAUGCAGCAGCCAUGGCAGCAGCUCUGUCUACCAGCAAGAGUUCAAGUAGCAGUUCAAAAUCCUCCAAGAAUAGUAAAAGUGUUAGUAGUAGUAGCAGCAGCAACAACAGCAAUGGUAAAGGUAUCACUAGCACCCUCAGCUACCGAGGUUCUGCUGCGACAACUACCACAACGUACUCUAGUAGAGGGCAAGAACCAUCCAGUAACAGCAGUCGCGCGAGCCUAGAAAUCAGUCGUCUGGCGUCCUCCUCACACUCCUCGUCUUCCAACGCCAGUAGACCUCCAAGCUACCCUUAUAGUACUUCCUCAUCGCAUCGCUACAGUUCGCCGCUGUCAGGCCUUGAAAGUGUAUCUUCACACCAUUCCGACCUGGGGUCAUCACCGAGCCUUUCUUAUGGCAUUGCUAGUCUCAUAGCCGAUAAACAUCCAUCAUCCCACCACAAGUCUCACUCUUCAUCAUCUUCAGCGAACAGUUCCUCAACACAGGCAGAGCGGGUUGCCGAGAAACUGGCAAGUAAUGGGAGUGUGUCCAUCUCCAAGGCCAUCCGAAACAAGGAGUUAGAAAUUAUUCCCAUCUCGCCGGCCGCGAAGGGGAAUUCUCAGUCCCACGGGAGUGCACCGCCUCACCGGGACAAGUCCGAGCCCAAGGUGUCCAUAUCGACGGUUGGGUCUGGAAACUCGCGCUUGUCGAAUGGUGUCCCAAGUAGUGCGUCGUGGCGUGAGGAAAGUGCCAGUGUAUCAAUCGAGCCGUGUGGUUCUGGGACCCCGGCGUCUGCUGAUGAUGCACCAUUAAAUCUCUCCAUGAAAGCUCCAUCUUUGAAACCUUCAUCCAAAGGUUUAGACAAAAGAGAACUCAAGGAAUCCCAUCACAGUUCUCUCAGUCUUUCUCGAAGUGGAGUACCACCUUUCGACUUCCCACAGAGCCUCGGUGGGGGCCUUGGUUCGGGUCUCACUCCUAGUCUAGAAGUUCUACAGAGUCUUUAUGGACAGCCUGGGGAGCCACGGGACGUCUUGGCCUCUAUGCAAGAGGCUCUUCAAAGGCAACUUCUUGGGACAGAUGGGAAGCGGGAAGAGAAAAAGAAAAGGAGGGACAAGGCUCACAAGCAGUCUUUUUAUCAGAUGGAGGAUGCUCAGGAACGGGCACGACAUCUGGGACGAGGAGUCUCCAAACCGAAGAAAAACACAGUUGCUUCUUUACUGGAACAAUGUCGUGCAGCAGGCAUAAAGCCUUCAAGCCUACCUCUGCCUCCCACUACCUCCAUUGCUGCCACUCCAGUCACUACCUCUCCUCCCUUACACGUGGCAUGUUCACGCUCCGGAGAAUCUCUCUCUCUGAGCUCGACGUCUCCAACGUUUAAUUCGUCAUCGUCGUCGUCACCUUCUCCGGCAUCACAGUCUCUCCCGGCUACCUUAAUUCCGGGACUACCUGUGAACCUCCCCUCAUCAUUGUCUGCCUCCAUUGGGUCGCCUGCACCCCCUCCACCAAUACCAACCCCUCCAGUGCCCUCCCUCUCAAUCUCUGCAGUUGCAUCCUCUCCUGCUGUCUCUUCAGAACCUUCCACUACCACCACCUCUAGUACAACCUCUACCUCUUCCGUUGUCUCGACACCCAUAGCCACCUCGUCUAGUACCUCAUCUUCCACCUCAUCAUUAACAUCACUAUCGUCCUCAUUAUUAUCAUCUUUAUCAUCGUUAUCAUCGUUAUCAUCAUUAUCUUCAUUAUCAUCAUUAUCUUCAUUAUCAUCAUCAUCACCAUCAUUAGCAACAUCAGCAACAUCAGCAACCACCAUCACCACCACUACCACGACUACCACCACAACUACCACUACCACUACCACCACCACAACAUCAACAACAUCAAUAUUAUCAACACCACCACCACCACCACCACCAUCGUCGUCGUCAUUAUCAGUCACGCAUCCUUCAGUAUCUAUUACUGCCUCAUUGGUCACACCUCUCCCUGUGUGUCUCCCACCAACCCUGUCACUCUCGUCCUCUGUUAGUAUUACUUCUGUAACUCCAGAAACCACCAUGACAUCAAUACUCAAUAAGCCAAGCAUCACAAUUCACCCAACCACAUCAUCUGCCGAUACCCAAGACAGAGGAAAAGAUCCUGGGGAGGUGGAGAAUUCGGUUGAUAUUGUGGCAGUCGGUCGAGCACAAGAAAAUGGAGGUGAUAAACCAGUUAAAAAACGACACAUGAUCACUUCUAGUAGUGUGGAUGGGCGCCUUAUCACUACCAUCAAAGCUGCCACAGGUGCCUUGGAUUCUUCGGAACUCAGCGAUUCUGAAUCGGAAGAUGAAUCGACAUCCCUCUCCUCCAUUGAUGACGACUCUAUGAAUCACAUACCCUCGCCAUGGCUUAAACGAGACACACCAGAUUCUCCGUCAGUUCGCAGUGACUCUCCGCCCACUAAGAAGCGGAAAAUGAUAACGGAUGAAGUUUCGCUUCGUGUUCCUCUGAUGUAUGGCUGGCGACGAGAGACAACCAUGCGAACCAUCACCCAAUCUGGAGUUCGGGGUGAAGUGAUUUACUAUGCACCGUGUGGAAAACCAUUUCGUCAAUAUCCUGACAUUAUGAGGUACCUUGAAAAGAAUGGUAUAACAGAGGUAACCAGAGACAACUUCAGUUUUUCAAGUAAAAUUCCAAUUGGAGACUACAUCGACGCGAAUACCCAAAAGCGCCACUCUGAAAACGAAGUCCGAGAGAGCAUUCAACAAAUUCGCCUGCAAAAAGGGUACAGGCCAUUACGAAAAAAUGAUAGGGAUGGCAGAGAUGCCCUUGAAAUAGAAGCUGAAGCUAUCCUUCGAAGAUUAGAUGCGGAAGAAGAGGCUGAAAAGGCACGUAAAGAAUUCAUGAAUCAGCUUGAAGAACAACAGCAAUUGAGCUGGCCUGCUGACCUUUUUGGACUGACCCAACAAGACUUGCGAGAUGGAUUACAAAGAGAACAAGAAAGAGCAAAGAAACAAGAGGAGCUGCGGCGAGAAAAAGAGGAUCUUCGGAAACAGAGAGAGGAGGAGAAUCGUCAAAGACUUUAUGAACAACUUAGAAAAGCCCAGGAAAGAGAACAAGAAAAGCAGAAACAAAAAUUGCUGAAAGAGCAGUUGUAUCUACAGGAGCUCAACAAACAACGUGAAAUGCUCUACACUCUUGAGCUGGAGCGGGAGAGACGAAGAUAUCAUGGGGUACUGGUGCGAGCCCUGGAAUCACGGAAGAGAUACGAAGAGAGAGAAAGACGAAGAGAAGAGAUGAAAGAAGAGAAGAGGGCAACCAGGGAAAGAAAGCGAGAGGAGCGCCUUCAAGCGCGAGAGCUUAAUCAGCUGAUGAAGGAAGUGAAGGAAGACAUGGAGCUUACCGAUCACGUUACACUGCCAGACGCCCAUCGUUUGGAUGGUCUUCGGCUUCCUCCUGAGGCUUUUGGAAACAUUCUAAUGGUGUUUGAGUUCCUGCACAACUUUGGGGAAACUUUAGGAUUUGAUAUGGAAUCAUUACCCUCCAUGCAGAGCCUGCAGAUGGCCCUCUUAAAUGAUAGUGAGAGUGAGGAGGAACUUCUAAGUGUUCUCUCUCACCUGCUUGUUUGUGCCAUUGAAGAUCCUGGGAUUCCUUCUCCUCAAAGACACACCACGAUAUUAGGCCAGACUCUAAAUAGAGCAGAUAUAACGCAUGCCAACAUUUCUGAAAUUUUACGGGUCUACCUAAAUGCUAAUGCCACAGGGGAGGUUCGCGUUAUUCACGGUUUGUUAGGAACAGAAAAGGAACGUCGGGAGAAUCCCAAGAAGGGGCAGGAUUGGGACUCUAAGUUAGCGGAGAUGGAUGCGUACAAGAUGUCUCAGUGGCUCUUGCAGCUGCCUUUCCUGGCCCUGAAUCCUACGCAAAAGAGCGAGAUCGUGGCAUAUGUCUGCAAUGAGCUGCUCCAGAACAAAGCUGUUGUGCGCCAAAUUGAGGACUCUUUGGACAGGCACAAUGGACUGAAAACCGAAAAAUGGAAAUUGGAUGCCCGUAUAAGAAAGCUUCGCAUGAGCGUAGCAAGAAAGAGAAUAUACAAUGCUGCGAUGAGAUCGAUGAUGGAGCAUCGAGGCGAGGACUCAAACAUGUCCAGUGUGUCUGCCAUUUCCUCUUGUCAAGGUGAACAGGAGAAGGGUGAAAAGAAAGACAAGGAGGAUGAUAAGUUGAAAGAUGAAGAGGAGGAAGAAGAUGAGGAGGAAAAUGAGAGUGGCAAUGACAGUGAUAAUAACAUGGAGGAGAUUCCUGAUGAGGAGGAUGACAAGCACUUAAAUGCAGAGGAAGCCGCCAAGACACUGGAUAUUCUUCAGCGGCAGAUGAACCAAGUCAGGCAAGAUUUAUUUGAAACUGCCCAACAAGUUCGUGGCUUCAACUGUGGUCAGGAUAGAUAUCAGCGGACAAUGUGGGUGCUCCCACAUGCUGGAGGUCCGUUCUUAGAGGGCCUCACAUCGUGCGACUACACGGGUCGGGACCACUUCCCCAUUAUCGUGCCUCCUUCAAGUGCUAAAGUUGGGUAUUCUGCAGAUGAAGUAAAGAUCAAGUUUCAAGAGAUAAAAGCAAAGAAAGAGAAACAAAUCAAAGAGGAAAGAAAGACUAAAAUGGAAAUAAAAGUGGAGCCUAUAGUGAAGGAGGAAAAAAUGGAUGUUGUAAAGACUGAAGCUGAAGUGAAAAUAGAAAAGAGUGAUGAAAGUUACGGUGAAAGUGGAGAUAAGGAAAGUGUCGAUGUGAAGCCCCUUAGAGGGAAAGUGAAGGUUGAGGACAAUAAUGAAGUGCCUGAUAUUCCAAAACGAACAGAAAAAUUUAAGGAAGAAAUGAAAAAGAAAGAGGAAAUGAAAAAUUCUGAUAGUCAGAAUGGAUUAAAUGAUUCUAAAGUGAAUGAAAACACAAACAGUGAAGUGUAUUCAUCUUUAAUAAAUGCUGGACUUAAUCCAUAUAUGAUUAAUGGUUUAAAAGAAGGGAAUAACUCGAACAGUAAUGAAGUUAUCGAUCAAAACCUCCUAGCCACAGGCCUUGGCUUAGUACCUGGUCAGUAUCUCAGGACUGAACACGUUGCGCAACGAGAAAAGUUAAGCUUCAGUCUCUUGCCACGUAUCCCAUGUGAUGUAUCAUCUCUAGAAGCACUGCCGAGUGGGCAGACCCCACAGGGCACCCCCAGGGGCUCGCCACGAGAAGCUUCACCAUUCUCGAGAUUUAGUGGACCACACAGCCCAGUCUCCAGUGUUCCUUUAAGCUCGUGUAACACUCCACUUGCUACUAGCACUCCUGGGAUGCUGAGCACUCCAGGAUCAUCAAACACUCCAGUAUCAUUAAGCACACCGGGGACAGUUAAUACCACGCCGUGGGUGGUGAACAGUAUGCCAGGAUCAACUUGUGCAGCAGACGUUGGAUCCACACCAGUGACGGCAAACACACCAGGAAGUGUACAAAGUUUACCACACAAAGAGCUGUUAGAGAGAUUACACCAAACAGCUGAAGCUCUACCUAUUCCAGAAGAGUACAAAACAGGGUGGUGGCACCUCGGGGACCUUGAGCGGCUACGUGAGGUGCUUGCUGCGUUAAACGAGAGAGGUGUACGAGAACGAGAGUUGAAGCGCUUCAUAGAAAAAAAUUUCACAAUUGUUAAAAGUGCCCUCUCAAAAAUUGACUCGGAAGCCGUUAGCCUGGAUCCAGAGGCUGAGGAUGGAGAUAAAGUUUUCUACGACAAGUACGGCACUCCUGUGGCUGAUGAACCAUCCCAUUGGCUGCCAGACAUUGCUUUAAAAGUUGAUUUUCUUAUCCUAGACACUGUGUAUGCCAUGGAAGAGAAGAUAACCAAUGCUUCUAUGCAGAAUAAGAGCUGGCGCUUAGGGGACAGUGGAGAGAAGCAUGUGGGAGAAUUUCGUGCAUCUUGUCUUCAACCAGUGGAUGAUAAAGACACCCGCCUUAAUCCCAUCCAUAUUGGCAGAGAAAGACUCCUAGCCCUUGAAGAAGGUAUUGAGAGAAGAUACCUUAAACCUCCAUUAGGGGUGCCACCUAACCCAAAGAAUGAAGGAGCACAAGAGACCAAGGAAUCGCCCAAGGGUCUGCAAAUUUGGCGAGAAGCAGUGAGCAAGUCGGAAACUGCUGCGCAGCUUGCAAUGUGUACAUAUAUGUUAGAAACUGCAGUUGCCUGGGAUAAAAGUAUUAUGAAAGCUGUUGGACAGUAUUGCCAAUUUUGCCAUAGCGGCGACCACGAGGAGAAGUUGCUUCUGUGUGAUGGGUGCGACAAGGGCUAUCACACGCACUGCUUCAAGCCACCCAUGAAUAACAUUCCUGAUGGUGACUGGUACUGCUAUGAAUGUGUGAACAAGUUUAGUGACAGCUCACAGCGGCAUUGUUUGGUGUGCGGAGGCACUGAGGGCCGCACCCUAGUUCACUGCUCCGUGUGUCCCCGGGCUUAUCACACUGCCUGCAUAACUCCUAACCUAGCCAAGGUACCACGAAACAAAUGGGUCUGUCCAGCUUGUACAAGUAAAAGUCCGAGAGGAAGAAGAGGAAGAGCAAAGAAGGUGAGCGAGAGUAACAACUCCUCUGCAUCUGCGGCCACAAAUGUAUCGAUUGAAGUGACAGAUGUCCUUGACGACUCCCAGGGUGUUGUUUCUCCAGCCAACACGUCUAAAAAGGACCGUGUCAAUAAAAAGAAGGAACAGAAGGACUUGCAGGCAUGCAAAAGUAUUACCUCGGAGCUAGAAAUUCAUGAAGAUGCCUGGCCAUUUCUCUUGCCUGUUAACACUCGACAAUUCCCAACCUACAAGAAGAUCAUCAAGAAGCCCAUGGACCUCUCUGCUAUCAAGAAGAAGCUAGAUGAUAAUCAGUACAAGACACGGGAAGAAUACUGCGAGGAUUUACGUCUCAUGUUCAAUAACUGUGAAACGUUUAAUGAAGAUGACUCUCCUGUUGGGAAGGCCGGGCACAACCUCCGCUCCUUCUUUGAAACCAAGUGGAAUGAGCAUUUUCCCCCUACGUAAGGUAACCACCACCCAUUACGAUGGGAUUUUGAAGACAGACUGAAACGUUGAGCACAUUAAGUAGCUAAAGUGGCACGCCAUCGCAAAGUGAAUUUUACGGUAUAUUACUGUACGAUUCAAAAUGUUUGAAAGCAUAUAUGCAGAAUGUCCAUGUAAAGAGAUUUAUUGCCAUUCAAUGAAUAUAUAAUAUACUGUAUAUACAGUUGUAUAUACGUUGAUAAUAUAUAUGUGUAUAUAUAUACACAACUGUAUAUAUUAUGUGUAUAAUA